GAAAGUGGGCGCAGAGACGGUCGCCAAUCUCAUCGAGGGAAUUAUCGUCUACAAUCGUGUCCAAUUCUUGGUUCAUUAUGGUGGCGAGAAAUUCUGCGACUUCGUCCGCCAUGAGGUCAUCUAAAAGGUCGAAAGUCGGUCUUCUUUCCCCAAUCCGCGGUACGAAAUCUCGUUUUUGUUUUGGUUUCACAUGUGCGACGAUAAAUAAAUAAAGAAUGCAAGUAAUAAUUUGAUUAUAAAUUCAAUCCUGGUUGGUCAGAUAAGGGCUUAUCUUUAAUUAUUUGAAGUAGUUAACGUAAAACAACGCACCAUUUAAUUUAACUAUCGUGUUUGUCGGAUUAGUUCCGAUCUUCUAUGAAAGAAAACAUUAACUUUACAAAUUUUAAAACUUUUAAAAAUUAAAAAUUAAUUAAUAAAUAAAUUAAUAACUAUUGCAUCGAAAUUAUCCACAAUUUUGCAAGACGUUAAGUAACGUCAUCGUCGUUAUCUUGCUUUUGGUAUUCAAAUCGAGCUGAAAAUAUUAACCUCAAAAAACUUUAAAAAUCACAAAUUACAAAUUAAUCCAAAAUAUCCUUAAUUGUUUUAACCAUUAAUUAAACAUUAAUUAAUCACCACCAAGUUCAAACUUGCAUUGUGGUAAUAAAUAUGUUCGGAUCUCCUCGAGGUCAUCAUGACGCCAACAAGAUAUCCUCCCCCACACAAGAAGUGGUCCAUAUCUGCCCCUCAAUUAGCACGAUUGCCUCCUCGUCCGACCGUGUCAACGCGCUUUACUCCCCUUUUCGUCCCAGACCCUUAAAUCCGGAAAGUUUCGACCUCAAGUUAAAAUUUUGGACGAAAGCUCUCGACGAGUGGGUCACUUUCUCGGAAAGAUUGACCUUUACCCUCAAAGAGGUCCAGAAGGGGAUGAUGAUCGCUCAAAAAACUCCGGCCUGUUUGGAAGACGUGCUGGAAUUUUGUGCCAAAGAUGGUUCGAUCGUUUCUACGAAGGAAUUUUACGACACGUUAUCCGCAUCGAUAAGCUGGGUCGCGUGGGGUCAAGUUAACGCGAAACGUUUGGUGGGAAAGGUCAUCCCCUCGCUGCCCGCAGCCCCGUGGACUUAUUUUACUCGUGGCAAAACCCCACCGGAACAAAGAUAUGUGCAUGUGGGUCAUUUAAAGGAUCUCGUCGACACUCUGUCGAAAUCGGCCCCCCUAAGGAAUCGACUCCUCUCGCUGGACACUUUUACUGCUUUGGUAACUUCGCAGACGGGAAUUUCUGACCCCGGGGAGCUGUCCAUCUUGCUCGAUUAUCUCAGGGCGAGGAAGCUUAUCGAAGUAGAUAAGGUGGGAAAGGAGGACGUCGUCAUUUUUGGGGAUAGCUUAAAAAUAUCCGAUGUCGACAAGGGCCGUUAUGAUGUCAAGAGAAGUAUAGAAAUUCAUGAAGAGAGGUUGGAAGAGGUGCACGUGCAGAUGGAGGAGGCCGUGAUGAGGGCGAAGGAUGCCCUAAAACAGGGGAGGAGGGCGAAGGCCAAGUAUGAAUUGAAAAAGAAGAAAAUGUUGGAGGCGAGAGCGGACAAAUUAUUGAGCGUGGUUGACAGUCUGACCGUGAUUGGGAUGAGGUUGGAUGAGGCAGAGUCAGAUGCGCAGAUUUUGCAAGCCUACCAGUCAGGAAAACAAGCAUUGGCGGAUGUCCUAAAGAAAAAUAACUUGACCGUGGACGCCGUAACGGAAGCCAUGUUGGACGUACAAGAGGUUUUGGAAGAAAGUGGAGAAGUCAGUGCGGCCAUAUCGCAACCCUUAGACGGAGGACAGACCGACGAUUUGGAGGAAUUGGACGCAGAGUUGGACGCCCUUUUGAAGGAGGACGCAGAAAAAGAGGCGGAAAAGAGGAAAGGUGAAGCGACAGAGGGCGACGAUUCUUUCUUGAUGAAGAGAUUGGUCGGAUUAAAAGUUCGCGAGGACGAGGACGGUUUUGGCGACGCUGGUGUCGACGGUGAUGAAAACGUCUCUUCACGAGACGCGGAUAUUUCUAGUGAAAUGUAAUACUCGAGGUCAUGUUGGCGUGUCAUCAGUCCCUUGUUUUAAUUGGAGUGCCUUUUAAGAGAGAAUUAUAAAAUAGUUUUAAAGUAUUAUUGUGCCUUUUAACUAAAAUUGUGGAGAAAAAACAAUAUUUUUUAGCAUCGCCAACGUCAACCUCCGCCGAGAAAUAAUGUUUAAUAUAAUAUGUGAUAUCUUAUUAUUAUAUGUAUGUACAUACAGCUAAAUAAUUAAUUAGGGAAUAUAAUAAUCACGGAUUUAUUCACACACUGGAUGCAUGAAUAAUUGUAUGCAUACAAUGCAUGACAUGACGAGAUUUUCUUGUAAUAAUAAGUUGGACGAACAAUAAACAUCAAAUUGUUGGAUGUGCAAAUGUA